AUGUUGUCCCCUUUGUCGAUUCUGCUGGUGCUCUCGUCAGUCGCAUCAUCUCUGGCCGCAUGCUACAAUCGCGACGGCACUCUUGCAAGUUCAGCCUACCAAGCUUGUCCAGGCCAAACAUACUGCUGCAAAACUACAGAUACAUGCACAAGUAAUGGCCUUUGCCAGGACACCAGCAAUCAUCUUCCGAAGACUGAUCUAGUCUACUAUGCCGAUGGCAGCAGUGCCAACUUCACCAACUUGUACCAGACAACGACUUGUACGAACGCCGACUUCUCGGGCUGCGUGCCCCAAUGUACAACACGUGCUUUAUUCCAACUGCCACAAGCAAUUGUGAUUCCUUGGAAUAGCACCGUCUCGCCCGCCACAACUUUUUCGUCACGAUUGCCCCAGACCACGACCACUACCUCAUCAGCAUCCUCGGUAUCGUCUUUACCGGCCGCUUCAACCCUCUCUACGACCAUUUCGGGCACGCCGACCGCGUUCGUUUCGGGUCCAUCAAGCACAAGUAGUAUUGCAGCAGACACCGCAAGCGGCGUCUCUCAGGGCACCCAGAUCGGCAUCGGCAUUGGUGUAGGCGUCAGUCAGCACUCCCCGUACAUGUUCCUCUACGCGCACGCACGCGCCGGUGUUCUGAUCCUGAUCAUAAUCGGAGUCCUCUUCUGGCGCGUGCAAGCUCUCCAUAACCUCCUCCGAAAGGACAAACAGCUCCAUGGCGAGGUACAGCAGCGCGCGUCUGGCUUCGAACCUGCACCGAAUUACUAUGCGGCAGUAAAUAAUCCGGCUGCGGAGAAGCCCGCUGCAAUAACGGGACAUGCGAUUGCGCCUGUUAAGGUGGAUGGUCCACUUGCGCGAGUACAUGAGUUGCCGGGACCUCAACCAGGAGAGUUGCCAUGA